GUUGAGUCCCCAUUUCCAAUGAACUCCCAAGACCCAGCUCAGUCAGCCUUUAAGAGAAAAUCUGUGAUUGCGGUGAGCUUCAUAGCAGCCUUCCUCUUCCUGCUGGUUGUGCGCCUUGUAAACGAAGUGAAUUUCCCAUUGCUACUAAACUGCUUUGGACAACCUGGAACAAAGUGGAUACCAUUCUCCUAUACGUACAGGCGGCCCCUUCGAACUCACUAUGGAUACGUCAAUGUGAGGACACAAGAGCCAUUACAACUAGACUGUGACCUGUGUGCUAUCGUGUCAAACUCAGGGCAGAUGGUUGGACAGAAGGUGGGGAAUGAGAUAGACAGGUCUUCCUGCAUCUGGAGGAUGAACAACGCCCCCACCAAGGGUUAUGAAGAAGAUGUUGGCCGCAUGACGAUGAUUCGAGUUGUUUCCCAUACCAGUGUUCCUCUUUUGCUAAAAAACCCUGACUAUUUUUUCAAGGAAGCAAACACUACUAUUUAUGUUAUUUGGGGUCCUUUCCGCAAUAUGAGGAAGGAUGGCAAUGGAAUGGUUUACAACUUGCUGAAAAAGACAGUUGAUGUCUAUCCAAAUGCCCAAAUUUAUGUGACCACAGAGAAGCGCAUGAGUUACUGUGAUGGGAUUUUUAAGAAGGAAACUGGAAAAGACAGGAUCCAGUCUGGCUCUUACCUCAGCACGGGGUGGUUUACCUUCAUUCUGGCCAUGGAUGCCUGUUAUGGCAUUCGCGUCUACGGGAUGAUAAAUGACACCUACUGCAAGACAGAAGGGUAUAGAAAAGUCCCCUAUCAUUACUAUGAACAAGGAAGAGAUGAAUGUGAUGAAUAUUUUCUUCAUGAACAUGCCCCAUAUGGGGGACACAGGUUUAUCACUGAAAAGAAAGUGUUUGCCAAAUGGGCCAAGAAACACAGAAUAAUAUUUACACACCCAAACUGGACAGUGUCUUGAUGUCGGUUUUCCAGGCUUGCCACACCCAAUCAGGGUACUGCGAGUGUGAUGUUAUCAAUGCCAGUGAUGAUGAUGGUGUCAGUGAAGACAACAGUGAUGAUGAUUAAGUUCCUCUACAUCCUCCAAUAUGGGUUGUAAACUUGGAUAUAAUCUGAACUAGGGAUUCCGUGAGGGUGGUUGUAUUCAUUUAGUUCUUUCUGAAGGUUCAGUACUACAUAGUGCACUUUAUAAUUUAACUGGAACUGAUACGAUGGCCAGUGACAUAACAACUGUGAUUUAAGAAAUGGGGAGAUUGUCCUUCAAGAUAGCUAGCUGCCCAAAACUGCAAAAGGCUAUGGGAUUUGGCUUCACGACACAAGGUUAUUGAGUCCAUGGCUUCUUGAGCCUGGGCAGCAGCAACAUCUUGAGAAAUGGUUGACUGUCAAACACUGUUCCAAGAAAUGCUGUCAGGGUACAAGUACUUAUCACAGUUACUAGUGAGCCUGAGCUAAAAGAAGGUGUUUCUGAGGCACUAUCUUCCUCGGGUAUUUCCUACAGGUGACUCUCAGGCCGUUACCCAAUUGUCAAUGAAGACAUUGAUCAUGGAGGUCCUACACGUCAAGAUUUCUUGACUAUCUCAAACACUUCAUUCAAACUGUACCAAGUAGCAAAUCUUAAUGAAUUUCUACUCUGACUGUUUCAUUGCUAUUAUUCAAAACAAUAUGACCAAACAUGUUAUUAGAAGGAUCUACAUUAAAGUUGUUAUUUUUGGUUGAGUCCUAAAUAUUUCUGAAGGGUGUUUAACAUGUACAAUAUCAAUUUCAACACUGUAAUAACAUAUACUGUGAAACAUACCUAAAACAUAAGCAAAGGAUUUCCUAACUCUGCUACAUCUAAUAACACAAAAUUAUAUGCAUUUUAAACUCAUGAACUAGGGAAAGCAAAGCAUAUUUUUACAUCAAUUUGUAUCCUACCAUAAUUCAUAAUAUAUAUAUUUGUAUAUUCAGAUUUCUAUUUUAUAGGCCGAAGAUGUGUCUCUCCAUACGUUACAUGAUCUAUGCCAAGUACCAACUGUUUGAUAUGGAUGAUUCCUUGUGUUAAAUCUCACUAGAGCUUUUGCCUUUGUGGGAUAUAACCAUAGUAUAUUGUUAUACCAUUAUAGCUGUAGUAAUGAUCUUAAUGUCCAAAGUGCUUUUCCAUUUACAGUCUUCUCACAUACGCUAUGCCAUGUGAUCCCCUUGACCACCUCACUGGAUUAUUGCCUAUACAUUCCCUCACCUCCUCAGAAGAUGAGCUAUAAUUUGCUGAUUGUUCCAAUAUAUUUCAGAUUGCCCUCUUUGCUAAUAUUUGUAUAGAAUAGCAUUUAUGUAGACUAGUAACCAAUUAAUUUGGGUGUCAAAUACAGCAUAUUAUACUAAGAUUAUCCAAAAAGUUUCACAAGGAUUGUGUUGGCCAUAGACUAGGACCUUUGCGAACUUUUGCUAUAUCUGUUUUUUGGUAAAUAGCUGUUUCAAGAAAAGAUGAGAAAGAGCGGACAAUAGGAAUGAACGAAGGCAGGAAAACACACUUUCAUAUUCCAGGACUGCAACAAUUCUGUUCGCCGUAUACUUAUUGCUCAGUAAAUAUUAGAGAGUUGAUUCACUGAGAGAGUAGAGUCCAAACUCAUCUUUGCAGGAUGAUUCAAAUGUUUUGAAGCCUGGAAGUAAAAUGCAUUUCACCUCAGGAAUAUUUGGUAAGUGUUUACCAGUGCAAAGCAUCAUGAUGAGUCAUCAUUAAAAUGUAAAAGCCUCUCUCCUGCUAUCUUCUGCCAGUUGGGACUCGGAUACUCACACCCAUAAAAAUUAUCAACCCCCAGUUUUAUCCUUAGAGAAAGCUGUUACUCUUUUGUUGUUUCUUUAUGUGAUUUUCAGGUAUAGGAAUGUUAGUUUUUCAGAGCUAAUAAUGGAUAGAAAUGCCCACUAUAGAAAAAUAGAUGCAAAUAUUAAAAUUGUAGGCUGGGGAUUUAGCUUAGUGGUUCC